UAAAUUCAAUUAGAAUUAAAAAAAGAAAGACGAAUUAACGAAUAUGACAACCUCAUUCAUAUUCCUUUACACCACCUCUCUUCAUUAUUAUUUGGUCUUCUCUCCCAUAUCAAUACUCUCUAUCUCUCUCUUCAAUCCCGCGUUUGCUCACUGUAACCAACUGGUUUCAUGUUAACGGAGAGCUUAAUGAUGGAAGAGAAGAAGCAACUAGAUUUCAACCGUCCUCUUAUAUCCAUCAGACGGUCUAUACAAACUCCAGAACCCAAUAGCAAAACAAGAUCUUCUGGUUCAGUAACCAACAGGAUCCCUCCUUCUCCACCGGUUUACAAGUCUGACAUCAACUCAGGUCCUAUCAGGAAUCCAGGAACCGUCCCUUUUCAAUGGGAACACAAGCCUGGAAAGCCAAAAGACGAAAUGAAACCUGAGUUACAAAGUGUUGUUGUUGAGCAACGUUUUGUGCCAAAGCUUCCUCCUGGGAGGAUUGUGAAAGCUAGAGAACGAGAAGAGUUAGUGAGGAAGCCUGAAGCUAGAGUUGAUCAUGUGGAGGAUGUAAAGAGUUGUAGUUCUUGGUAUGAUGAUGAUGAGAGCGAUGAUACUUAUCUCGAUGCAACUGAUACACUUACGAGAUCUGAGUCGUUCUUCUUCAACUGUAGUAAUGUUAGUGGUGGUCAGGGGAUGUUGGUAGAGCCGUUUGGAACUUUAUCGAGUGACCGACAAACUCAGGAUCUAAUGAUGGGGAGAUUCUUGCCUGCUGCUAAGGCCUUGAUCACUUCAGAGACACCUCCACAUCUCGCUAAGAAACCGCCUAAACCGGUAGAACCGGCUAGGCAGAUAGUGGUGGUUAAGGAGAAACAGAGCAAAGCAGAGCAAAAAAACCCAUACCGGUUUCAUCAUUCACCUGAUCAGCAAGAAGAGGAAGAUGGAGACAUGAGCAGCAUGAUGGCUUCUGGUGUUUGUGGAUUACUCCCUCAGAUUUGCUUGAGAAGCUCUUUUGGUGUGUUGAAUCCGGUUCCGUCUGUGAGAAGGCAGGCGCAGAGAGGUGUUUCUGUUCGCCGUAUGCGUUCUAAAUACCAAGAUCCUACUACUACAACACCUUGUUAUGAGAAUCAUAAGGUGAAGCUAAAUGGAUCAGUUGCACAAGGGUCUUCUGUUACAGAAGGGAAAGAGAGACUUGAGAACUUGAGCUCAGCUUCACGCAUUAAAGUCAGCAAGAACUUUGGUGAGCUCUUGGCUAGUGAUGAUAAUACAUGGGGACCUUCUUCUGAGGAUCCUGUUAUUGCUGAGAAGACUCUGUAUGUAGACACGGUGCAUUCAGUAAGCAAGAAGGUACAAGAAGAGUCCAAUGAGCAAUCUAUAUUAAAAAGUUAUCCUACACUAGAUGUUGUUCCUGUUAAAGAAGAUGUUCAGAACUUGAUUGGAGCCGGUGAAGAAUGUGCUGCUCAAGCUAUUGCUGAAGUAGUAGAGAUUGCAAAGGAGAAGAUUGAUCUUGAAGUCAAACUGCAGCAGGGCAACACGAAGAAUCUUGAAAGUACGAGGCUUCAUCAUCAUCAUCAUCACAUUGUUGCACCACCACCAUUGCCAAACGCUCCUUCAGAUUCCUGGUUGACGCGUACAUUGCCAACAAUCCCAUCAAAGAACAACUCAUUCACAUGGUUGCAUUCCCUUAGCAUUGAUGAUGAUAAUCAAAUCUUCAAGACUGGUCAAACAAAUCCCAAGUGGGAAACUAUGGUCAAAACCUCCAAUACACAACAAGGGUUUGUGUGCUUCUCCAAGGAGACACUCAACCCUAUUCCAGAGGCAUAGCAAUACCAAAUUACUUGUAAAUUUCAACAAUAAUGAAGGGAUGAGCCAAUAAAGUCUAAUUUGUUUUUGUUCACCUUCCUAGUUUUCUCUUUAAAUAUGUGUAAAUCUAAAAUAAAAGGUUUCCCAAAAAAGAGAAAAGCUUUGGAGAUAAUUGUCUCAAAAUAUGGUCUGUCACUUGUGGGGUGGGGGUCUCAUUGAAGUGAUGUACAGCUCAUGUUAACAGAGAUUUUGUUGCAAUAAUACUCCAUAAUUCCACGUGACACUCUU